AUGGCUUCCGGAGCACACAACUACAGCUUUGCUCUGCAAAAGUACAUGCUUCUCCAGGAGCAGCACCAAGAGCUCUGCGAUCGUCUCGACCAGAUCCGUCCCGAGCUCACCAUUACAACCCGUUCCCUCAACUCGUCGCCAUCUACAUCACCUACACGAUCUUCCUCAUCAUCACUCUCGGUCCCCUCGUCACCGAAACGCCAUUCCCGAAGCAGCGGACGACAUCACUCGCGUACCCACGCACGAUGCAGUGGCUGGGAGGAUCGCAACGAACUCACCACCAUCCUUGACGAGGAGACUCUCUUUGAGAUCUCAGCCGAGGAGCAUCGCCUAUCCGAGGUCAACGAGAGCAUCAAGCGCACCUUGACAGAGCUUCUCAACUGCAGCAGCGUGCGUGCCGACCGGGCAUUCAGGACCUGGGUUCAGACAAGGCUCAUGGAGACGGAGAAGGAACUCCGGAUUGGACGAAGGCGACGAAGCUCGGGCAACGAGUAG